AUGUCGGCCCAACAGCCCCACGACGAGCCUGAGCUCGACUACCACGACGAGGACAACGUGCUCGACGCCGACGAGGCAGAGGAGAUUGUCGAGGAUGAUGGCGACGUGCCCAUGGACAGCGACGACGAGGGCGACGACGACGUACAGAUGGAAAUCAACCUGCAAAACGACUCCAUCGCGCACUUUGACGAGCACAAGGACUCCAUCUUCUGCAUAGCCCAGCACCCCGUUCACCCAGAGAUCAUCGCGACCGGCGGCGGCGACGACGUUGGCUACAUCAUCGACAUUACAGACGUGCCCGAGGGACAGGGUCCUGGCGAGCGCGAGGGCCUCAAGAGCGUCUUCAAGCUGGACGGACACAAGGACUCGAUCAACGCCGUGGUCUUCUCCGAGCCAAAGGGCCAGUUCGUAGCCACAGCCGGCCUCGACGGAAAGCUGCGUGUCUGGCAGGGCGUCCCCGACGGCAAGAAGUGGAAGUUCCUCGCCGAAGCCAGUGAAGUCGAGGAGAUUAGCUGGCUCGCUUCCAACCCCUCGCCCGCACACCCCAACGUCAUUGCCCUCGGCGCAAACGACGGCUCCGUCUGGGUCUACCAGCUCUCCACCGAGAAGGGCAACGAGCUGCAGGUCCUCCAGGCCUUCUAUCUACACACCGAGUCCUGUACCGCCGGCGCCUGGACACCCGACGGCUCGCUCCUCGCCACCACGAGCGAAGACUCGAGCCUCUACGUGUGGGACGUUUUCGGUGACGCCGCCUCCCAGGGCCUCAUCGACCCCAGCGCACAAACCGUUGUGGGCCUCACAGGACUCGAUGAGCGCUUCUUCGUGCAAGGCGGCCUGUACAGCCUCGCCAUCCCUCCGACAGGAGCCUUCGUUGCCGUCGGCGGGCCAGAAGGGCAAAUCCGCAUCGUUGGCCUGCCACGCCUAUCGUCCGAACCCGCCUCCACAUCCUCCGGCGGCAGCGGCGCAAAGGGCAAAGCUGGCGGCAGCAAACAGGCACCCGCAAAGGGCUCCGCCGCGAGCGCCGGCCAGACAGGCCAGAUCCUUGCGUCCCUGCAAGCCGGCAGCGACAACGUCGAAACCCUCUCCUUCUCCUCUGCGCCCCUCACACUAAUGGCCGCCGGCAACGUCGACGGCAGCAUCACCCUCUUCGACACAGCACAUCGAUUCGCCGUGCGCCGGCGUAUCGAGGACGCCCACGCCGACGACGAGAUGCCACAAGCGGUCGUGAAGCUCGACUUCGUAAGCAAGGAAGGGCCCGGUGGGUGGCUGUUGACAAGCGCAGGCUUCGACGGCGUGGUACGGAGAUGGGACACCCGUGGCGGUACGACCGCCGCGAACAAGGGCCUCGUAGGCGAGUGGAAGGGGCAUCGUGGCGGCGGUGAGGGCGGCGGUGUCAUGGCGUUUGUACAGGGUGGUGGCGAGGUCAUCAUCACCGCGGGUGACGAUCACGUCGUGUUGGUUUAUGAUGCGCCGUCGACGCAGUAG